AUGUCUGUCUUAUGUCGGAAGUGUCAAGUCAUUCAGAUCAAUGACGCAGAACACAACGGAAUUGUUCAAACCUCCGCAUCAGGGAAGCAAUACGUGUCCAUUGGCAUUGGCGACGACGGCGACCACGACUUCAAAAAACGUUUGCUUCUUGACUAUGAGCUCAGCGAUACGCUUCCAGACCUGCCCAACUUGUCACAAUCCGCUGCGGACGGUUGCGCGCUAUGCUCUGUCAUCAAAAAUGAGAUCAUACGGUUCCUCGGCAAGAAUGCCAAAUACACGCAGCUGCUCAUACACAAAGUAGGGUAUUAUUUGAACCCCGAUCCUGGUGAUAAGACCAAGCCGGGAAGAAAUUGGCUGCAUGCGAUGUUUGUGUACUUCAAGCUGCAGUACGGGGAAGAGUUCGCGGGUGAAGAUGCCGCCUACGCUCUGCGCCUGGAAGUGCAAGCCAGCUCGACCGGUCUAGAGCGCUUGAAGAAGCUUGCAGAUACAGCAUCGUCUGUGGCUCUACGCGACACAGAUAACCUACAACUACCAACAAGGCUUAUCGACGUAGGCCUUAGGGGCCCGACCAGAGAGGUAGAAGAGCCCCGCCUGGUCAUAACAGCAGACUACCCGCCACUGAAGAAUGAGGACGGCGCACGACGUUACAACGCGUUGAGCUACUGCUGGGGACCGCCGGAGAAGGCAAAGAAACAGCUCAAGACGGAAACGUCAACGCUGAAUGAUCGCCUUUGCCAGAUACCGCUUUCUUCAAUGCCUGCGGCGCACCAAGAUGCUGUGCUGGUGUGCCGCGCCCUGGGCAUUCCCUACGUUUGGAUUGAUUCUCUGUGUAUCAUCCAGGACGAUAAGGUCGAUUGGGAACGCGAGGCCCAGAAGAUGGGCAGCGUUUACGCCAAUGCCUUCCUGACUAUUUGCGCCGCACAGGGAGACUCAUGCCUGGAUAGUUUUCUACGUCGCACAGUUCCUUCGCAAGUAGUCGAUGUUCCUUUCACCUCGUCAAUCGACCCAAGCGUAUCGGGAAGAUUUUCUCUGUUCGUCGCCCCAGACGAAGACCCGUACAAACACAUUGCAAGAGACUACUUUGGAGGGGGAUGUGCAACUGAUUUUCUCGACCCAUGGAAGCCUCUGCCAACCCCGUACCGCUUCGCAACGUCUUCAUACGAUCCAUACAAUAUGGAUAUUCCGAAUUGUAACUGGAGCCGACGCGGCUGGACAUUACAAGAAUCUAUCCUAGCUCCCAGAGCACUGCUAUUCGGGGCAAGAAUGGUCCAUGUGUGUAUCGGUGGAUUGUGGCUCGAAUCAGAGGAUGGAUCAUCAAGUGACCGUCCAUUUUGGCCGCCAAUCCAUCUACGCGCAGGCGUAGAUGAGAAGAGCGCAAUGGCUGAUACUCAGGUAGAGGAUGCGUGGCGAUUUUUAGCUCGAGAAUAUUCUUCGCGAUCAUUGACUUACCGGAGCGAUACGUUCCCGGCAUUGUCUGCAAUAGCACAAGUUUGGCAUCAGAUGAUUAAAGGUCAGUACCUCGCCGGCCUCUUCAGCUCGAACUUGCAUCUCGGACUUUUGUGGCGGGCACGAUUUGGUAUGAGAACACCAAAACAAUUUCUCGAAGCGGCGGCGCACGAGCAAUACAUCGCCCCAUCCUGGAGUUGGGCUUCAAAGCCGUAUCAAGUAACAUGGGUAUUCCACGUCAGGACUUCGUUCAGACCGAAAUUCGAGCUUCUGUGUGGUGCUGUAACGGUAGAUGGGGUGAACCCUUACGGUCGGUUGACCAGUGGACACCUAUUGUUGUCUACCAAGAUCUGCAAGAUCCCGUCGACGAGACUGCGCCGCGUGAGUGUGUUCUUUGGGUUCAUCUUUCCGUAUGAGCUAUUGACAGACGAUGGGCGGCGCUUGGCGCAUGUCGUCUUUGAUUGGCGACAGGAGUAUGCCUCAGCACCUAAGGAUCCCGAGACGGAAGAGGAACUUGAAGAUGGACCCAUUGAUUGCUUGUCAAUGGUUCUAGUAUCCAGCAAGGCUACCGAUGCAAAGGCCAAGAUUGGAAAAGACGGAGACGUCACAUACCAGGAUCUCCUGAUUGGUCUUUUGGUGCUCCCAACGGGCAAACCUGGCGAAUACAAAAGAGCUGGGUUGUUCUUCACUGAGGAAAGCGGACUUUGUGGGAGCAUAUUCUGGGACAGCCUUGAACACCAGAAAGUGAGGCUUGUUUAA